CAAAAAUGUCGAAUAAAGAUUAUUACCAAGCCGGUGGUCCUCAAUACCCACCAAACUCAUACCAAGGUGGCCCACAAUAUGGCGGUCCUCCUCAGGGUGGCCAGCAAGGCUACUACCCUCCACCUCCCCAAGGAUACGGUCAACCCCAGCAGGGUCCUUAUCCUCCUUACGGACAGCAACCUGGCUACCAACAACCAAUGUAUGUUCAGCAAGGUAAACCAGGAAAAUUCUCCGGUGGUGGAGGAAUGGGAGGAGCAGGUGGAUGUUGCGCUGUUCUUACAGCCUGUCUUGCUGGUGUCGCCGGAUGCUUAUGCCUCGACGCAAUAUUCUAAGAUAUUCAUUAAACAUGCGAUCUUAUGUAAAUCUAAACUUUUGUAACUUAUAGUUAUUUGAACUACCUUAAUUUAACAGUCCAUCGCAUUAAAACAUCGAAAUUAAUGAAAACUUUCAUAAGAGGUAUUUAUUAUACAUAAGUAAUCUAUUAUCUAUACAAU